AUGGCUCCCCCUCCUCCGGCAAGCUUGCCUCUGCCUCAGCGGCUGGCAGCACUGGCUCAGACUCUGCAAUUUGCCUGGUUUGUUGGCCACUUUGUCUUGAUCGCUGCGACCGUCAAGUACUCGCUAUCAUGGAUCGCCAUGAAAGGCUACCGUUCUAAUAUCGCCUACCGCUUCAUCUUUCUGUCGGCUGCGGUGACUUACGGCAUUGUUGUAUACAAGACUUUGCGCGCACGUGCCAAGCAACGAGCCCCCCAGAUCAGCCCUCUUGCGCUGGCUGCGGAUGAGAACGUUCAGUAUUUGGUACUGGCGCUCAUCUGGCUUUUCUCCCCGAGGUAUAUCCUGGCAACCCUACCUUACGGCAUCUACUCUUUCUUCCAUGUGGCCACCUAUAUGCGUGCGAACCUCAUCCCGGUCGUCUUCCCACCCAAGCCUGCCGCUGCCGACUCGGCUGAUGGGAAGCCCGCCGCGCACCCGAUCGCCGAUAUGAUCGGCCGUUUCGUCAAGGAAUACUAUGAUGCCUCGAUGUCUGUCGUGGCGUCUCUCGAGAUCCUCCUCUGGGGCUCUGUGUUCCUUUCGGCCCUCCUCUUCCAGCGCAGGUCCUGGAUUCUCCUGCCGCUCUACACGGCCUUCUUGCGCGCACGCUACUCCCAGAGCAUUCAUGUGCAGAACUCGUUCGCCAAGCUCGAGGCAAACGUGGAGAACCUUCUCGGAAACCAGGGGACACCCCCGGCUGCGCGCCAGGCUUGGCAGGCAAUCAAGAACGGUGGAAGGCAAUUCUACCUCGCCACCGACAUCAACCGUUACAUUGGUGGCGCUGCUGCUCCCCCCAAGAAGACAUCGUAA